UAGUGAUUUUGUUUCUAAAUUUGACGAAAUAAUGGCCAGCGGUCCGCCGACGCGCAACCUACUUCGCAUCGUGUUCGAUAACUUCCUCAAGUCGUUCCGACCGCGCCAGAUGAAGGGAAACUAUGUUGGAGAGGAUUAUUUUGGCAACAAAUAUUACGAGAUUCCUCCUGAUCCGUCUGUUGGGCGACGACGAGCGUCCCGUUGGUUCGAGCCUACAGAGAAAGAAGCUUAUGACCAGGAAAUAACCGCUGAAUGGGAAGCUUGGCUUCGCGGUCGAAGAAACAAUCCACCGACGCAGGAGGAGUUGUUGAAAAAUCUAGCGAUAAUAAAAAUGAAAGAACGCAACGCAGCGGAACUAGAGGCUAAGUACAGCAAAACUAAAGAUGUCGCGGCGCUUGAGCAACAAAAAACUGGCAUGGGAUCAUUCCCACAGUACGAAGAAUAUGAAAUUAUGCCUGGCAAGGGAAAACGCGAAAAGUAG